GAAGACAUACUUCAGCAGGCUCUGUGCGCUCUGGCGCCAUCCUUCCCCCAGCUGCGGGACCAGCGCCGCUCUCCUUCUCCACACACACCCACCCACCCACACACACACACACACACACAGACACACACACUCACCCCCACCCCAACCACAGCCAGCCCUGCGCUCUUUGGCUGCCCGAGGUGUCUGUCAAAGUGAGGGGAAAGGGAAAAAAAGUGUUUUAGGAGAAAAAUCCGAGCGAUAUUUCUGUUGGUAGGCGGGCUCGUCGUGGAGGGAACAAUCGGGUUGACUUUGCCAGGGAGCCACCUCAGAGCCUAUCAGGUUACUUUGAGUGACAGCGUAACCAUGGCAAAUAAUUUGACUAAGGCUAUUGUCUUAUCCUCACCAUCCCCGGGUCAGAUAACCGACCAAUCAGAGUUCAUAUAAUCGCUUGUCUUGCCAGCUUAGAAUAAUAUUAUUAAAACGAGCCAGCGAGCCCGGUCUCCCGGAGUAGGUUAUGUUGAAACGGCAUAGAAAAGGUGGAGGAGGACGGUAGUAGGAGCAGCAACUUUCUCUCUUUCUCACCAACUUUAUGAGGAUUUGUCGCCCGGGGUUUUGCAUGGCUGAAUGGACUUGAGUUUAUUCCUCAAUACGCAGUUGGAUAUUACUUCACCCUGGGCUGUUUGAAGUUUUUUACGCUGCUCUUUUUUUGGGACUUUUUGUCGCUUAUGGACUUAAUGCGUUUUGAUUUGAUGUGAGACUGAGCGGGGAGACGUGGAAGUAAAGGCACAAUAUAAUCUGUAUUGAUUUGCGUUGUCGCCAUGUCCAUGCUUCCGACGUUUGGUUUUACGCAGGAACAAGUGGCGUGUGUGUGCGAAGUCCUCCAGCAAGGGGGGAACAUCGAGCGGCUGGGGCGCUUCCUGUGGUCCCUCCCGGCGUGCGAGCACCUUCACAAAAACGAGAGCGUCCUCAAAGCGAAAGCCGUGGUCGCCUUCCACCGCGGGAACUUCCGAGAGCUCUACAAGAUCCUGGAGAGCCACCAGUUCUCGCCGCACAACCACCCGAAGCUGCAGCAGCUGUGGCUCAAAGCGCACUACAUCGAGGCGGAGAAGCUGAGAGGCCGCCCGCUCGGCGCCGUGGGGAAGUACCGCGUCCGGAGAAAGUUCCCCUUGCCCCGCUCCAUCUGGGACGGCGAGGAGACGAGCUACUGCUUCAAGGAGAAGAGCAGGAGCGUUCUGCGGGAGUGGUACACCCACAAUCCGUAUCCAUCCCCGCGGGAGAAACGAGAGCUGGCCGAGGCCACGGGACUCACCACCACGCAGGUCAGCAACUGGUUCAAAAACCGACGGCAGCGAGACCGAGCAGCGGAGGCGAAGGAAAGAGAAAACAACGAGAACAGCAAUAGCCACAACCCAUUGACUUCUUCCAUGAAUGGAAAUAAAUCUCUAUUGGGGAGCUCGGACGACGAUAAAACCCCAUCGGGAACGCCGGAUCACACGUCCCAGAGCCCGGCUCUGCUGCUCGGCUCGAACUCCGGUUUACAGUCCCUGCACGGCCUCGCGCCCCCGCCGGGACCCAGCGCCAUCCCGGUACCGAGCGGUGCAGACUCGGUGCACCACCACCACUCAUUGCACCAUGACACCAUACUGAACCCUAUGUCUUCUAAUCUAGUGGACCUUGGCUCUUAAAACAAAAAAAAAAAAAAAGAAAAAAAAGUGUCACAGACAGAGAGCAAAGAUUCUUAUUUUUCUUUCUUUCUUUUUUUUCCCUUUCUCUCUUUUUUUUUUGGAAAAGUAAUGUUACAUGGUGACGUGAGACACAAGCUUCAAGCACUUCUCGCAGACAGACUGGGACACUGCGGAAAAAAAAACAGCCACUGUGACAGAUCAUUUAGUCUCAUAUUUGUCAAAGUGAGAAAAAUACAUCUGCCACCGGACACAACAAAACAAAACAAAACAAAACAAAACAUAAACCGCCACCUAUCCUCAAAUUAAACUCCAGCUCGCUUUCUCGGAUUUUUCUGGAGAAAGAGCGUCGAGGAGUAGCACUUAAGAAACCAACAGACUCUUUUUGGCGAAGUUUAAAGGGGGAAAUGUGAUUCCAAAGAUUAUAUGACUUGUUGGAGCGAAUCGGGGUUUUGCAAGUGUUUGGUGCAGAAGAGGUGGAGCGGAUUGUAGCUCGUUUUAGGUAUUAAAAAAAAAAAAAAAAGAAAAAGAAAAGAAAAGAAAAUGAAAAAAAAAGUAUUUUACCAGAAUGUAAUAACGUAACAUGUUAUAUUGUUGAAAACAAUAACAAUAAAAUGUCUUAAUUCUU